AUGGAGGCGGUGGAGUUGCGAGUGGGGUUCGGGGGGGCCGGGCGGAUGGCGGGAGGCCUGGCCCGGGGGCUGCUGCGGGCAGGGAAGGUCCCAGCCAGCAGCAUCCUGGCCAGCGCUCCCUCGGACAAAAACCUGGACGCUUGGAGGGAGUCGGGCUGCCGGACCACGCACUGCAACCUGGAGGUGCUGCAGGAGAGCACCCUGGUCUUCCUGGCCACCAAACCCCACGUCCUGCCGGGCGUCCUGCAGGAGAUCCGUCCUGCCGUGGGACCCCACCACGUCGUCGUCUCACUGGUGGCUGGCGUCACCCUCCAGACACUGCAGCGGCUUCUCCCCGCCGGGACCAAGGUGCUGCGGCUCAUGCCCAACCUGCCGUGCGUGGUGCAGGCAGGGGCAAUGGUCUUCGCCCGAGGCAGCGGUGCCGGUGAUGGGGAAGCCGCCCUGUUGAAGAGCCUGCUGUCCUCCUGCGGGCUCUGCGAGGAGGUCCCCGAAUCCUACAUCAACAUACACACCGGCCUCAGCGGCAGCGGGGUGGCCUACGUCUACCUGUUUGCCGAAGCCUUGGCGGAGGGAGCGGUGAAGAUGGGCAUGCCGGGCGGCUUAGCCAGCAGGAUUGCGGCUCAGACGCUGCUGGGUGCAGCGAAGAUGAUGCUGGAGACGGGGGAGCACCCAGCGAAGCUGCGAGGAGACGUCUGCACUCCCGGGGGCACCACCAUCCACGCGCUGCACCAGCUGGAGAAGGGUGCGCUGCGGGCCACUGUCAUGAACGCCGUGGAGGCGGCCACCAACCGGGCAUGCGACAUGGCCGAGGACUAG